CUGCAAGUUUUGGCACGUAUAUUAAUAGAUGUUAAUUGUCAAGUGGCAAAAAAACCAUUGGUAAUCGAGGAAAUUGAGGUCCAUCCACCGAAGCCUCAUGAAGUUCGAAUUAAAAUUCUAUUCACUGCUUUGUGUCACACAGAUACCUACACGUUGGAUGGAUGUGAUCCUGAGGGUGUCUUCCCUUGUAUCCUUGGGCAUGAGGGAGCCGGUGUGGUCGAAAGUGUGGGGGAGGAUGUAACGAAUGUUAAACCAGGUGAUCAUGUAAUACCGUUGUACAUACCCCAGUGCAAGGAUUGCGAGUUUUGUAGCAAUCCAAAGACAAACUUGUGUUCAAAAAUUCGUGUAACUCAAGGUAAAGGAGUCAUGCCAGAUGGAACAAGUCGUUUUUCUUGCAAAGGGAAGACUGUUGCUCAUUUUAUGGGAUGCAGUACCUUCAGUGAAUAUACGGUUGUUGCCGAUAUUUCAGUCGUAAAAGUGCCAGAUAAUGCCCCCCUUGACAAGGUUUGUCUUCUUGGUUGCGGCAUAUCUACUGGCUAUGGCGCAGUAUUAAAUACAUGUAAGGUUGAGAAGGAUAGCAACGUGGCGGUGUGGGGAUUAGGUGCUGUCGGUCUCGCAGUAAUCAUGGGAGCGAAGGAAGUUGGAGCCAAGAAGAUUGUGGCUAUCGAUACAAAUGAAAACAAGUUUAAAUGCGCCAAGGAUUUCGGAGCUACAGAAUGCAUUAAUCCAAAAACUGUGCCUUCGUCUCAGCCGUUUCAGUCAUAUUUAGUUGAUAAUUUUGACGGAGGUUUUGACUACACGUUUGAAUGCGUUGGAAACGUAAAUACAAUGAGACAAGCUCUAGAAGCUGCCCAUAAAGGUUGGGGAGUAUCAUGCAUUAUUGGAGUUGCAGGGGCUGGCCAAGAGAUAUCUACUCGACCUUUUCAAUUAGUUACUGGAAGGACAUGGAAAGGUUCUGCUUUUGGAGGUUGGAAAAGCCGUGAUGAUGUUCCGAAAUUGGUAAAUAAAUAUCUCUCUGGGAAACUGAAACUCGAUGAAUUUAUCACUCAUCGUUUCGCCUUUGAGGAGAUAAACAAAUCUAUUGAUACUCUUCAUCGCGGAGAAAGUUUGCGAUCAGUGCUUUCGUACAAUGGGAAUUGA